GACGGCUCGACCGGAUGGAAACACGGAUGAGCGGCGCUGCUGUUCCCGGUUCGAAGCGCGGAUCGUGCGCGUGCGUCGCAGCGCGAGUCUUGAAUGAUAAUAGCAUGGCGUUCUAAACGUUUCGAAUUCGAUUCACGCUUCCGUGAAUUUAGGACGAACAGACCACGAAAAUGGUGAUUGCCAUCGGAUUCGAGGGUAGCGCGAACAAACUCGGCGUAGGAAUCAUUCGCGACCAGCAGGUGUUGUCGAAUGUGCGACACACGUAUGUCACUCCGCCGGGAGAAGGUUUCUUGCCUCGGGAAACAGCACAGCAUCAUAGGAAGUAUGUGCUGGAGGUAUUGCGAAAAGCCUUGGAUGAUGCAAAGAUUACUUUGAAAGAUGUGGAUGUCAUCUGCUAUACGAAGGGACCGGGAAUGGGAGCACCUCUUACAGUUACAGCUUUGGUGGCUAGAACUGUUGCUCAGUUGUACAAUAAACCUAUGGUUGCAGUUAAUCAUUGCAUCGGUCAUAUUGAGAUGGGACGUUUGGUCACAGGCAGCGAAAAUCCCACUGUUUUGUAUGUUUCUGGUGGAAAUACUCAAAUCAUCGCGUAUUCUCAACAGAGGUAUCAUAUUUUUGGCGAAACAAUUGACAUAGCAGUAGGCAAUUGCUUGGAUAGAUUCGCAAGAUUGUUGAAGCUUUCAAAUGAUCCCAGUCCUGGAUACAAUAUAGAACAAUUAGCGAAAAAGGGUAAGAAAUUAGCACCAUUGCCAUAUGUGGUAAAAGGAAUGGACGUAUCAUUCUCUGGUAUUUUGAGUCACAUAGAGGAUCAUCUUUCUGAAUGGUUGGACACAAAAGCAUUUACUCCCGAAGACUUGUGUUUCUCUCUGCAAGAGACAGUGUUUGCCAUGCUCAUUGAGAUCACAGAACGUGCAAUGGCACAUGUAAAGUCGAACGAAGUACUGAUCGUGGGUGGUGUGGGCUGCAAUGAAAGACUGCAGGAAAUGAUGGGCAUCAUGUGCAAAGAAAGGGAUGCCACUCUUUAUGCGACAGACGAGCGCUUCUGUAUAGACAAUGGUGUAAUGAUCGCAGUCGCCGGUUUGCUUCAGUACAGAUGUCAUGGUAGUACACCAUGGUGGGAAACCACUUGUGUCCAAAGGUACCGAACGGAUGACGUGCAUAUUACUUGGAGAAAAUAAAGAUAUAUAUUUUUAAGUAAGUCCUUUGGUGCACCUGUAUCCCUAUAUUUUUUAAGAAGACGUCUUGGACAGUUUUAUCGCUAUAAAAGGGGUGCUUAUAUAAUUGUAAGAAGUAUGUGUGUAUAUACUUUGUGUAUAUA